UCGUAAGUAUCAUUUCAGAAUCUUCAGAUAUCGGCUCGAAAAGAACACGACCUACAGUGCUUCUAAUCUCCAGUGAAUUUUGAUCGUCGAAUCAAAGUGUAAUACAACUCGCUUCUCCACUGUCGCGAUAUAAUUUCAUUAAAGUAUUGCCAAGUAAGAAUAAAUAAUAAAUACUGAAUAAUUUCAAACACAACAUCAACUAUACUUUGACGAUCGAUAUUUGACGUUCUGAUAAGACUCUAACAGCUGUCUCGACACAAACAAUAUCCGUAGCUGUCAGACCAUAAAUUCAUCAAGGAAAAUUCGUAGCAAGUUUCGGAAAUAAUUAUUGUUAGGACUAUUGCAGAUAAUUAUGAAGAAACUAUACGAUGGCAUGCUCCUUUUGGCAGAAAUAUUAUUUCUUAUUUUGAAAGUCCUUUAUUUCUUUUGCGAGAGCGUAUUUACGAUAUUUAUUCCAACAACAAGAAAAAGCGUUGCUGGUGAAGUUGUUUUGAUAACAGGUGCGGGCCACGGUAUCGGGAAAGAAUUAGCGAUUGGUUAUGCAUCGUUAGGAGCAACAGUGGUAUGCUGGGAUAUGAACGAAGAAACCAACAAGCAAACGGUGAACGAGAUUAAAAUGAUAGGGAAAAACACUGCAUACGCCUAUCAAUGCGAUGUAACAAACAGGAAAGAAGUCUUUAAAGUAGCGGAAAAAGUAAGAAAAGAAGUCGGUGACGUUACUAUUUUGGUCAACAAUGCCGGUACACUGUUUGUUAAAAAACUCCUAGAUCAAAGUGCCGAUGAAAUUAGACGAGUUAUAGAUGUCAACUUAAUAUCGCAUUAUUGGAUGUUGCAAGCUUUUUUACCAAAUAUGAUUGAAAAGAAUGACGGUCAUGUUGUGGCGAUCUCAUCAGUAACAGCAUUCGUAGGCGCUACGCAUGGCACGGUUUAUUGCCCCACAAAAUCUGCGGUCAAAGCACUUAUGGAAGCCAUCAACAAUGAAUUGCGUACAUAUAGCAAAGGAAAAUCCUCGAUUAAAUUUACUACCGUUUAUCCGUCUCUAGUACAUACUGGACUUGCCAAAUGGACAAACAUAAGAUUUCCAAGUAUGUUGGGAGGGCUUUCACCACAGAAAGCAGCUUCACUAAUAAUCGAUGCGCAAAGACAAAAUUUCAAAGAAAGAAGUAUACCUUCAUAUUGGCUGCCAAUAUUACAAUUAAAGAGUAUUGCACCCAACAAGGUAUUUUGGUGCAUAUUUGAUUUCUUAGGUCUCGGCGCUGAUGAAGAAAAUUAAAAAAUUUUAAAAAUAUGGGCCUGUAUACAUAUCAUUACAUAUUUAUAUCUUACAAUAUACAUGUUAUAUAUGCAGAGUCUUCAAAGUCUAUCCCUCACCAAUAUUUUGAAAACGGCACAAAAUUAUGAAAAACUGAAAUACGCAUUCAAUUAUUUCAAAGGGCAAAUCAUUUUAAGGGGGUUGGCCGCGUUGCCCCCUCCAAGGGGAUGCUCCAAGAAAACCCCAAUUCAAAAAUUUCAAACGAAACUUUCCAUAUUGUAGUAUAUAGUUUGAAAGGUCAUAAAAAAAGAAGUUUUUUUUUGCGUAAACCGGAGGUUGAUACAUUGACCCGUUUGGGAAUUAAGAUCAAAUUUCAGUCAAAUUUCAAAAGAUCGUUCCAUUUGGUCAAAGUUUUGAAAUAUUUUUAAAUACUUUCCAUAAAGACAUUCAAAUAUCUCUCUCUUUUUUUUUAAGGAAAUUAAAAAAUUGUUUAAUUCAAGAUAAUGACAAAACAUUUUUUUACGAAACCAAGAUCCAGUCUGAAUUAUUUUGUGGAAAGGACUUGAAAAAUGAACUUUUACAUCCCAAACGUUUUUUUUUUUUUUUUAGAAUUUUCCAAGUGGAAGUAAUGUUUUUUUGAAAAUUGUAACUUUUUCGAACUUUGACCCUAAAUAAUUCUCGAAUGGGUCAAUUUCCGAUUUGCGCCAAAAAUUUUCUUUUUUAUGCCCUUUAAAGUAUACUACAAUAUGGAGGACUCCAUUAAAAAUUUUUAGGUUGAGAUCUUCCUGUGGCACUUCCUCGAGGAGGCAACUCCUUCAAUCCCCUUCAAAGAGUAGCCUCCCGAAAUGAUUAAACACAUAUUUCGCGUUUUUUCAUAAUUUUGAACCGCUUUCAAAAUAUAAAAGGUAAAGACAGACUUUAUAGACACCCUGUAUAUAAUUAUGUUGCAAUCUCUUAUAGCAACUAUCGUUGUUUUAUUAAAAUAAAAAAAAAAACAAUUUAGACAAUUUAGACAAUUCUUAUAAUUCUAUGUACAUAUAAAAUGUUCGAAUAUCUAAAAUGUGUCAAAUCUCCAUCCCCAAAUUCCAUUGCAAAUUUAUCGGUAAUUUAUUUAAAUAUAUAAAUUUUGCUACCAGACGUUUUAAUGUUUAAUUAAAUAACUACAAUAAAUCUUGUUAUAUUUAUAACCAACAAUUUUAAUUUUCUGUGUACCUGCCACGCAAGUUUAAUUACCUCUAAAAAAUAAAACAUUGCUUGUAACAAUAAUAAUAUGCUGUUGCUUUAAAUAGUGAGAAAGCGAUUUUUGUUUACCUAAAUCUUUCAGUACUACUGUCAUGCACGCUUGCUAAAUUCAUUUUACAGAGUCCUUUGUAUGACAAAAUUCGUCAACGAUAUUUUGUCAGACUUUGCUCGCACGAUGGACACUCAAAUGCAAAUACUUUAAUAAAGGUGAUUUUGCGUCCAGCGUGCGAGAGUAGAAAUUUAAUAAAAAGACAAUUGUUUUCAACACUAUAUAUGAUUUAAAAAAUUCACAUGCGCAAAAACGCACAAUGCAACUGUCAAGUAUGAAAAAAAUUUAAAUUCUAAAGAAAUCAAGGUGUUUUUCUACGCGUCCUUUGGGUGAAUAAAAUAACGCACAUAGAAAUUCAGAGAGAUGUCUGAAUUUAAUUAGUCUUUUCAGAAGCAAUUUUCACGUCGAAUAAGAGAAAUUAUAAUUAAUGCUAUAAUCAAUGUUUGAUUGUUAAUGUAUUGUAUUCCGAUUCGCGCUACUUUCAAAAACUAAAGAUUUUGCUAUUAUAUAGGGGAAAGAGUAAAACCGGAUACUUUAUUGGAUUUGCCUUCCUAUAAAAAAGAGGGUAAAAAAAAUUAUAUGAGGUGUCCGAUUUUGUCCCAACACGAGAAAAGUAACAAAUAAUGGCGACUGUAUACAUUUCGGCGUACAAAGAGACGAUCAAAACUAGUGCGACAUACUCUGUAAUACAUGCAGAAUACAUACUGCAUUUACCAAAACAGAUGUUCUGUGUGGAAAAAGUCCACGAUGAUUCGAUUGUUGCUUCAAUAUCGAUCUUUUUCAGCCCAAAAAACCGUGGACUUUUCCCAAAAAAGAAAUAUCGUGUGCACGUGGGUAUAGCUUAUCUUAAAAUAAUGAUGGCGUCAAUUUAAUUAAUAACACGAGUUGAUUAAAGAUAGCAACAUUUAUCACGAACAAGCAGAGAUAUAGAUUAAGAAAACUUUCAGAUUUUGGAAAAUUUUUUGUAAUACCAUUUUUUUCACGGAGAACACACAAAGAAACUAGGGUA